ACAAAAAUAAUCAAAAAAAAAAUAGCCACAAACACAGUGUUAUGUCUCAUUUACGUCAAACUACAACAGCGCUUGUAAAGCGUACCUCUUUUUCGGCUGCUGCAACAGCCAUACCAAACGCUGCUGUAGCCUUGCCAGAAGCGUUAACGCAUGAACCACCAAGGAUCAAUGCACCAGCAGCAGCAGGAGCACAAACAGCACACGUGUCCGUAGAAGCUGCCACAAGCAUACCACCAGCCGCCGUGCAUGCACGUCCUUACUCCGCCGUGCCAGGUCCUUGGGGUAUGCCAGUAUUGGGUAAUUCAUGGCGUUUUGCGCCGCUUGUUGGCCAAUAUCGCAUACAAGAUUUGGAUAAGGUCAUGAAGGAAUUGCACAUAAAUUAUGGCAAAAUAGUCAAAGUUGGCGGCUUAAUAGGACAUCCGGAUUUGCUGUUCGUUUACGAUGGUGAUGAAAUUCGAAAUAUUUUUAAGAAGGAGGAAACCAUGCCACACAGACCCUCAAUGCCCUCACUCAAGCACUACAAAGGUAAAUUACGGUACGAUUUCUUUGGUGAUAUCGCUGGACUUAUUGGUGUACAUGGCAAAAACUGGGCGCUGUUCCGACAAGAGGUACAACAAAUACUACUACAACCGCAGACGGCAAAACAGUAUGUGCCAUCACUAAAUGAAAUAGCUAGCGAAUUUAUGCAAAGAGUACAUGAAAUGCGCAAUGAAAAUGAUGAGCUGCCAGCAAAUUUUCUACACGAACUUCACAAGUGGGCGUUGGAAUCUGUGGGACGUGUGGCAUUGGAUACACGCCUUGGCUGUUUAUCACCAGACGGCAGUGAAGAGUCCCAACAAAUCAUAAACGCUAUAAAUACGUUCUUUUGGGCUGUGCCACAACUGGAGCUGCGUAUGCCACUCUGGCGUUUCUAUCCGACAAAGGCGUAUCGCAGUUUCGUAAAGGCGUUGGAUCAGUUUACAGAAAUUUGCAUGCGUAACAUAAGUCGAGCUAUGGAUCGCGCUGACGCUACGAAAGCGCUGCAAAGUGAUACUACCGAUUCGAUAGUGGGACGGAUUGUACGUAAAACGGGAAAUCGCAAAUUGGCGGCGGUGCUGGCAAUGGAUUUAUUCUUAGUUGGUGUUGAUACAACCUCAGUCGCCAUCUCCUCAACCAUUUAUCAGUUGGCGAAAAAUCCUGAAAAGCAACAAAAGCUUUUCGAAGAAUUACGAAAUGUGUUUCCGACUCGUGAAGCAGAAAUCGAUCAAAGCGCUUUGGAGCAAAUACCCUACUUGAGAGCCUGCAUAAAGGAGACUUUACGAAUGUAUCCAGUUGUUAUUGCGAAUGGCAGAAGUUUGCAAACGGAUGCCAUAAUUGCUGGAUAUCACAUACCCAAAGGUACACAUGUCAUAUUCCCGCAUCUGGUAGUGUCCAACGAUCCCGCAUAUUUUCCAGAGCCGAAACGAUUUCUGCCUGAACGUUGGAUGAAGCAGAGCGAAACGAGUGCGCAAUGUCCACAUGUCGGACGAAAAAUCCAUCCUUUUGUCAGCCUGCCUUUUGGCUAUGGUCGUCGCAUGUGUGUGGGACGUCGUUUUGCCGAGAUCGAAUUGAAUAUGCUGUUGGCAAAGAUAUUUCGAAAAUAUAAAGUGGAAUACAAUUCCGGCGAAUUAGUGUAUAAAGUUAAUUCAACCUACAUUCCAGAAUCGCCACUUAAUUUCAAAUUGACAUUACGGGAGGAGUGAAUGCAUUGGGUGCAAGCCAAAAUUGCCCAGCAACGACACAAAGUUGCAUUUAAGUGGCGCGUACUAAUAGGUUCAAUAUUUGUUUAGUGAUUGUUUUUGUUGUUCGCCAUUAUGUAUGUAUGUAUAUGUUAGUCUCGCCGAUAUGGAUUUUAUACGUGCUUUUUUAUUAUACAAAAUGUUUGCUUAGUGUAAAUACAAAUUAUGCUAAUGUUUUGUAAAUUGUGUACUUUA